AAAAAAGUCGGCCAUGGAUUGCUUCGUUGCCACACGGUUCUUGGUGAUGUCGGAUACUCACGGCGAUAGAUUCGAGCCUCCACCCGGAAGAUACGACGUGGUGAUCCACUGCGGUGACAUGAGUGAAGAGUCAAAAUUGCAGGAGUUCAGAACCACGAUCGAGUGCCUCAAGAAGGUCGACGCUCCGCUGAAGCUGGUCAUUGCGGGAAAUCACGACUUCACUCUGGACCCACCGAUGUUCAAGAAGAAGCUUGCCGAAGCAAGACUGGACGUGAACGACGAUGCAGUCCAGAGGGAGUACGGAAACUACGGACAGGCCCGGCGAUUAUUCGAAGAUGCGAAGCACGACGGGAUCAUGCUACUCGACGAAGGCACGCACCGCUUCACUCUGUCCAACGGCGCACAGCUGACAGUCUAUGUCAGUCCAUACACCCCAUCAACAAACGACUGGGCAUUCCAGUACGACCCUCAAGUAGACCACGCAUGGGACAUUGGCACGGAUGUGAACGUCGCAAUCACCCACGGCCCACCGAGAGGCAUCUUCGACCAGACGGAGUCAAAUACGAGAGGAGGAAGUGCCAGCCUGUUCCGUGCUAUCGCGAGGGCUCGACCUCAGAUGCAUUGCUUCGGACACAUGCAUCCCGGCUGGGGAGCAAAGCUCGUGACGUGGCGAGAGGAGAUGAGCGAGGAUGUCGAGGUUUCGCACUUCACCGCCAUUGGCAAUGAUGAAUCGCAGCUCAUUGAGAGCCUUGCUACACUGCAGCCUCGGAAGUUCGACACCGAGGAUGUCCGUGCGGAGAAGGCUUCGAGACUGGAGACCCUUGCGAAGAAGGCUCAUUGUGCAGCGGCAAAUGCGGACGCCAUUGAGGGCCGCACGCUGUUCGUCAAUGCUGCCAUUGAAGGGAACGUGGAGUGGCCCAGGCACUUGCCAUGGAUCGUGAACCUUGCAUUACCGAGAGCGACAGUACGAAGUGAUGUUGUCACCUUGAAGAAGAGCCACUACGUCUUCGCGUCGACAUCCAUGCAUCGUGUGCUGUACAGUCGCCAACAGGUACCUAUCGGCAGAGUCCUCUCAUUCAGGACCGUCAAUGUCUUCAGCGCGCACCAGCACGCACAUCCGGCGAAUGCUAGCUCCAGUGGCCAGGUUUGGAGUUUCGACUUGAGAAGGACUGCCAAUUGUGUGAAUCCGCGCGUCUCUGCUGUGUGGAAGCCGGAGCCUCGAGCGAACUUGAUCGGUCGUGCCACGUCCAAGACGAGUCGCACUUUGAAGGGCGCUGACUUCGAUGGUUCUGAAGAGGCUGGCACUUCUGCUUGGCCGAUUGCGGUAACCCACUGUUCGAACAGCGGUGCAACGACAUCAUCGCCGACAUUGACGUUAGCCGCGACUGGAAUUUCGUCGUUGCCUAGGAGAGGCCAGUAG